UAUGAGAAAGAACCCAACAGAUUCAACUUCCUUUUCCAAGUUGUCAACAACAAGGAUACUAUCAUGGUGCUUUGAUUUCCUUUAUAAAUUUCGUCCUCAGCCGUCUCCCUCAAUACAACAAAACCCUCCAUUGUUUUACCCUUCAUCUUUGUCCACCAUUUCCAUUCUUAAUUCUCUGAUCUUCUUUUCCUCUUAUCCUAUUCUCUAACUUCUGUAAUGAAAACCAUGGAAGAUCAAGAACAAAUAUUUCUUUGUCACUUGGCAGAAAGCCUUGCUAUAGAUGAAAAAGAAAUCGAUUCAGCGAAGAUUGAUGAGGAUUCGUUUCCUAGUCUUGAUCAAGUGGAGGAAAUUCUUGGUUAUAAAUUCAACAACAAGAGCUUAUUAGAAGAAGCUUUUACGCAUUCUUCUUAUUCCGAAAAGCUUUCAUAUGAACGUUUGGAAUACGUGGGGGACUCCGUGCUUAACCUACUGUUCACCAGGGAACAGUACUUUUUGUAUCCGCGUUUGCCACCCGGGUGGUUGACCCGUCUCCGGUCUGCAAACGUUAACACAGAGAAGCUUGCACGUGUUGCCAUCAAACUAGGUUUGCAAAAAUUUUUGCGCCACAAAAAACCUCUUCUUGAGGAACAAAUUCGAGAGUUCUCGGAAGCAAUAUUGGACUAUCCUUUGCAUUCAAACGGGCUGGUAGAUGUGCCGAAAGACCUGGCUGAUAUAAUUGAGUCAACAAUUGGGGCUGUUUUCAUUGACAGCCGUUGUUCAAUGGACACCGUCUGGAAGGUGUUUAAGCGAUUGUUGGAGCCUUCCAUCAGUCUGGAAACAUUGAAGAAGCACCCUGUGACUGAAUUGUACGAAGUGUGCCAGAAGAAGAAGCUGAAAGUAAAAUUUGUGGAUUUAUGGAAGGUGAAUACAGGAUUUGAUGUUUUCGUAGAUGAUCAGCUUGUGGGAAGAGGGACUUAUGCUCUCAAGAAGGAAAUUGCGCACAAUAGAGCUGCAAACGAUGCAUUACACAACAUUGAGAGGAUUCUGAACGAGAAACUUGACCCUCAAGAUCUUCAAUCUCUGGACUAAACUACAAGUGUUGAUACUUGAUUUUACAUGAAUAAAUAAUUAGCUUUGAAUCA